GUGCGAGUGUCAGUCUUCUACAAAAGUGAGUGUCAUGUUGGCUAGAUGCAGAGCACAUAUAGUUAGCCGGUUGUUGAAAAAAAGGACGUUGUUUCCCUAUGAAUGCAUAGCCCACUGUUAAACGAGUGGGGACGGUAAGGGAAGCAAAAACAACGAAUUGUAACACGCAAGGUUGGACAUGGUGUAUUUUAAGGACUGAAUUGAGCUCCCUUUAGAUUCCUAAUACCUACUCGGUGAUGGUGCCGUGAGUUUCAUUGUGGGAAAGGCUCCUUCGGAGGGCGGAACGGAGAGCUAAAGGCUUUUCUCAGUUGGACCUUGCGAGAAGAGCAACAUAUAUUUGCAACUGGCGACCAGUGUGAUGGAUAGAACUCGCGUUGAAACCGAAAGAUGGCAAAUACAUCAAAUCCGAGGACUUCACUUUUAACGGAGUAAAGAUUAUACACACGCCAGUUAACUCGCCAGUAAAAAAAAAACGAGCGGUGUCCUGACGUGACCUCGCCGUCGGCGGAGCGGGCGGACGGAGGAGCGGAGGAUGUGUUCGACGGGGCUGGAGCGGCGGAGGCAGGCCACGCCCUCCCAGACGCCCGAGGGGAACGUGGUGAUGAGCUUCAGCUUUGAGAGCUACCAGCUGGAGGACGAGGAGUGCCAGGCCAAGGAGGUCCCGGACAAGGGCAUCCUGACCUUCACAGAGCCAGCCUUUGAAGAGCCUGUGCCCGACGACCGUUACCAUGGGAUCUACUUCGCCAUGCUGCUGGCUGGAGUGGGUUUCCUGCUGCCCUACAACAGCUUCAUCACCGACGUGGACUAUUUACACCACAAAUUUGAAGGAACGUCCAUUGUGUUCGACAUGAGCCUGACCUACAUCCUGGUGGCCCUGGUGGCGGUGGUUCUGAACAACGCCCUGGUGGAGAUGCUCAGCCUGCACACCCGGAUCACUGCAGGCUACCUCUUCGCCCUGGGGCCGUUGGUGUUCGUCGGCGUCUGCGACAUCUGGCUGGAGCAGUUCACCACCAGGCAGUCAUACAUCAUCACCCUGCUGGCCGUGGGCAUCGUGGCAUUCGGAUGUACAGUUCAGCAGUCCAGUUUCUAUGGUUACAUGGGGAUGCUUCCAAAGAGGUACACGCAAGGCGUCAUGACCGGAGAGAGCACGGCCGGCGUGAUCAUAUCGCUGAGCCGCAUCUUCACCAAGCUGCUGAUCAAGAACGAGAGGAAGAACACCAUCAUCUUCUUCCUCAUCUCCAUCGGCCUGGAGCUCAUGUGCUUCCUGCUCCACCUGAUGGUGCGCCGGACGCGGUUCGUGCGCCACUACACCGGCCUCGCCCGCCAGGGCCUGAGCGAGGUCAAGGGCCAGGCGGACUCCGGCACCAGAUACCGCGUCCACCACGACGCCAUCACAGAGGAAGUAAGAUUUGAUAAUGGUGCCUUGGGAGUCUCCCCCACUGAAGCUGUUGGGACAGAGGCUGAGCUUGCAGGCGGUGGUACAUAUGUGAGAUUUGAUGUCCCCAAUCCGAAAAUAAAGAAGAACUGGCCCAGCAUAAAGGAAAUGAUCCUGCAUCGCUACAUAGUUUCCAGGGUGAUCUGGACCUACAUGCUGUCGAUUGCCGUCACCUACUUCAUAACCCUCUGCCUGUUCCCGGGGCUGGAGUCGGAAAUCCGCAACGACAUGCUGGGCGACUGGCUGCCCAUCCUGGUCAUGGCCAUCUUCAACAUGUCCGACUUUGUGGGGAAAAUCCUGGCGGCGCUGCCCUACGACUGGAAGGGCGGGCGGCUGCUCCUGUUCUCGUGCGUGCGGGUGGUCUUCAUCCCGCUCUUCAUCAUGUGCGUGCACCCGGCCGAGAGGCCGGCCCUGGGGCACCCCGCCUGGCCCUGCGUCUUCUCCCUCCUCAUGGGCGUCACCAACGGCUACUUCGGCAGCGUGCCCAUGAUCCUGGCGGCGGGCAAGGUGCCCCCCGAGCAGAGGGAGCUGGCAGGGAACACGAUGACCGUGUCCUACAUGGCAGGGCUGAUGAUGGGCUCUGCGGUGGCGUACUUUGCCUACAGCUUCACCGCCCAGGGCUCCAGCCACCGCGCGGCAUGGCCCCUCAACGCCACGACGACCUCGGGGUACUGAACGCCGCGGCCGGCCCGCCGGCGCCCCCCCGGCGUCGGACCGACGCGGUGAACAUCGAACGGCGUCAAGCGCAACGCAGUCACGACGGCCGCACGCACCCGAGAGAGAUUUUUCAAAGACGUAUCCCACAGUGCUCGGCCGGGCAACGGCCUUCAGUUCCUGAUGCCCAAAAACAACCCCACCCCAACCCCCCCCCCCCCCCCCCCCCCCCCGUGAUCCGCGUCACCAAUGAGAGAGCUCACUUCGCCGCGCCGCCGUCUGUCGCGGCGGGCCGUCCCCCUCCCGUCUCCGUAGCUCCGCCCCCCCCAUCGUGGCCUCGUGCCGACCGCUUUUUCCAGACGCCACGCCACGUGACAUCGCCGGUUUCGUCUCGUCGUCCUGCGUGUCCUUUCACGAACUUUCAUCGUCUCCCCCUCGCGCCUCAUCGCUAUCGGGACACUGCCGAGAGGGGUGCUAAUGCUAACGGGCUCGGGCUUCCUCUCAGCUCAGCUCUCUCACUCGUUUUUUUGGGAGGAAAGACUUUUUGCAGGUCCGAGGAGGGGACUUAACACUAACGCCAACGCGUCUCAGACAAGGAAGAGGCCUCUUGCUGAUGUCGUGAACUUGAUGUCGUCCACAUAUAUAUAUCUGUGAAUAAUAAAUCAUUUUUGCUUUCCUAUGUUUUUUUAGAGAUUCGGUGUACAUUUCAUUAAUUCGCCAUUUUUCAUUUGCGUUAACUGUCGUGGCACGGACGUGACUUCACCUGUGGAAAUCUGAAACAUUCUGCUGUGACCUACACCUCCAUCCAAACGUGGAUUUCUGCAAACGGCUGCAGCAGUGACUGUAUCGGUACUGGACAGAAUGAGACUGAUCGUGCUUGUUUUGUUCGUAAUCUCCCGUCUUUACAGUGUUGGAAACGGCUGUUUGUUGAAUGAAAAACUGCCCUAUAAAACAGAGUCACUGUCUGCGCUCUUACGGGCAGUAAAUCCCGAUGAAAUAGCGUGUUAUUAUCCGUGUGUACGCUGCAGUAAAGCUGGACAAAAUAUGUCUUUCGCAAUUGCC